AUGAAGAUUCCAACAGAUGACAUUGCUCGCAAACGUGAUGCUGAUUUUGCAAGCGUGCGAACUCGCCUCACCAAGGACUACAGUGGCAAGGCUGGUGACCCAAAAGACAAGUACUUUCACGAAUCAACAUUCCACCCUCACAUGGACGGUCGGUUUGGUGACAGAGUCCUGAGCUACGAUGACCAUCGUUCAAACCUCACCACCCUCAUGCAAACAUACCUCUCAACCAUGAACGACAUUGGAGCUGAAACCUGGAUUAUGCACGGAAGUCUUCUGGGAUGGUUCUGGAACAGAAAGAUCAUGCCUUGGGACUCAGAUGUUGAUGUUCAAAUGACCGAAAAGUCAAUGGGGCACUUGAGUGACUUCUACAACAUGACUGUCCAUCACUACAAGCUGCCUGGCUUCCCUGAAGGCCGUGACUAUAUGCUCGAGAUCAACCCACACUGGAGGAACAUCAGUACGACUGAUAAGCUCAACGUUAUUGACGCUCGCUGGAUUGAUAUGAGCAAUGGUCUCUUCAUCGACAUCACCACCCUUCACCACAACAAGACCGCCGAAGCUCUUGGUAUUGAAGGAGCCAUGAUGUGCAAGGACAGGCACCACUUCAACUUCACCGACAUCUUCCCUCUGCGCGAGAGUGUCUUCGAGAAUACCCCUGUCAAGGUUCCAUACGCCUACACCGAUCUUCUUGCCGAAGAGUACGGCUCAAAAGCACUGGUCAAAACAACAUUUGAGAAUCAUCACUUCGACCAAGAGAAGAUGGAAUGGAUCCCUCUCACGUAA